GCGGGGCGCGCGCAGCAUGGCGGAAGCGGAAGGGAGUUCGCCACUCCUGUUGCCGCCGCCGCUGCCACCCCCGCCCGGGAUGGCGGAAGUGGAGGCGCCGACGGCGGCCGAGACGGACAAGAAGCAGUUUAGCUGUGCUGGCGGCAGCGUCAUGGACGUGGAGCGGAGCCGCUUCCCUUACUGCGUGGUGUGGACGCCCAUCCCGGUGCUCACGUGGUUUUUCCCCAUCAUCGGCCACAUGGGCAUCUGCACAUCCACAGGAGUCAUUCGGGACUUUGCUGGCCCCUACUUUGUGUCGGAAGACAACAUGGCCUUCGGGAAGCCUGCCAAGUACUGGAAGCUGGACCCUGCUCAGGUAUACGCUAGUGGGCCCAACGCAUGGGACACGGCUGUGCACGAUGCUUCUGAGGAAUACAAGCACCGCAUGCACAGUCUCUGCUGUGACAACUGCCACUCACAUGUGGCCUUGGCCCUGAACCUGAUGCGCUACAACAACAGCACCAACUGGAACAUGGUGACUCUCUGCUUCUUCUGCCUGCUGUAUGGGAAGUACGUCAGCAUCAGCGCCUUCGUGAAGACCUGGCUGCCCUUUGUCCUCCUCCUGGGCGUCAUCCUAAGCGUCAGCCUGGUGUUUAACCUGCGGUGAUGGCUGCCCCAUGGCCCUGGGCCCUCCAGGCUCCUGAGGAGGCAGCCGCCAUCACCUUUCGUUCCAGAUUCUUUCUCCCCGCCCUUAGGGAUGGGCCC